CGAACACACUUCGCCGCACUCGGUAUCAACCUCUGCUCGAUGCUCAAGCGUGGCUCCGGCUUGUGGGCGUUGCCGCAAUGGGAAGCAGCGGCUUCAGCUCAGCAACCGUUCGCGUCUUGCUGUGCCCAUGACAAGCUCGAUAAGUCUAUUCCAUACUGCUGGUUAUCCCGUUCACUCCUUCGCCGCAUGGCUUAUGCCCAGGAUACGAGGCGACGAGACCUCGUUAUCAAGCUGACAGACAAGGGAUCCAUGGAAUACAACAUCUAUAGGCAUCUGGCCAAAAGCGGUUCGCUGUACGACAGCCGCGAAUGCGCGGGUGUUCUGCCCCCCACAGCAGUGCUGGACUCGCCGUACCAAUUUGCGUUUGUUGUGAUGCCAAUGUGGGGGAUCAAAGUGCGUCCCCAACAAUUCGACACUCUUCGCGAAGUCAUGACUUUCAUCCGUCACACGCUCUCGGGACUGUCGUAUCUCCAUCGCCACCGAAUCGCACACAGAGACAUAGACCAGUCCAACAUCAUGGUCAACUGGUACUGCACCCGACUAGAAACGGACGCUUGUGUAGAACGAUUCCGCGAGCACUGUCGGUCGCCGUCUGCGGCGUACGCGUUGUUCGACUUCGACAUGUCGAUACAGCUCCCUCCCGAGACAUCAUUGGACUCGUGCCGACGGCCAGCAGAAGAGGCGCUCUAUGGUAAACACCUGCUCCAGCCCCCGGACAUUUAUCAGGGCGAACAUCACUACAACCCAUUCGCGUUCGAUGUCGCGUGCCUUGGGAGAUUAUACCUGUCUUGGUUCAAGGACUGCAUACCCGCCGCCCCCCUUCUUGCACCCAUGCUGGGUAAGAUGACGACGCACAUCCCAGAAGAACGGUGGUCUGCAGAAGACGCACUCAUGUUCUUCAACGAAAUCCUCGCCGGACUGUCCCCCGCCGCCCUCGAUUCAAGCGUUGUCUGUCAAUACGAUUAUGAUACCCUCGAUAACCCGGAUCUAUACUGGGACCAGCUUACCCCCGAGUUCCAACUCAAGUGGAAAGCAUACCGGCC